AUGACCAAGCUUGGCCUCGAGGCCAAGGACCUGGAGCCAUCCCGGACGGUGUUCCACGGCAUUGUGCUAGGUCUCUCUUGCUCCCCCAUUGGCCGGAUCUGGCUCGAAAUCCUUUUCGUCACGAGCGACCACUUUUGCCACGAGCCCAUCUGGUUCGAGUUGGUGGAUCUGUCCAGCGCAUACCACGCGUUGCUAGGCCGGCAUGCGCUCGCCAAGUUCAUGGCGGUCCCCCACUACGCGUAUCUGAAGAUGAAACUGCCAGGUCCCAAGGGCCUCAUCACCGUCGUCGGCGACUACCGCAAGUCCCUAGAGUGCGCUCAAGCCGGCACCAGAUUGGCCGAGUCGCUGGUUAUAGCCGAGGAGCGGCGCCAGCUCGACCGAAUCAUUGCGCUGGCCAACGAGAUGUCGGUUGUGCCGGCUUCAGCCAAGGAGUUGGCUGGCGAGGCCUCGUUCCAGCCGUCCAAAGAGACCAAGAAGGUCAAGCUAAACCCAGAAGACCCUAGCUGUACCAAGUACGUCGUCGUAGGCGCCCGCCUCGACAGCAAAUAG